AGGGAAGCUAGUUCGCCUGUCCUCCUCCAUACUCUCUCCUCCCGCCUUCUCGCGAGCGCAUUUACUCGUCAGCUCGUCGCUGCACAGCCCGGCCGGCCGGCACCCGCGCGCCAGACCGAUGGCCGGUGGCGACGGCGGAGGGGGCGGCGGGGCGCAGGACGACUUCUUCGACCAGAUGCUGUCGACGCUUCCCUCCGCGUGGGGCGACCUGGGCGCCGGCGGGAAGUCGCCCUGGGAGAUCGCGGCGGGCGCCGAGGACCUCGGCGCCUUCGACGAGUCGACGCUGCCCGCGUCCAGGCUCCGGCAGCACCAGAUCGGCGGAGAGAAGCCGGUCAUGCUGCAGCUCACCGACCUCCAGAGGCAGGGCCUCGGCGGCGAGGAGAGCGGCGGCACGGGGUUCUCGCCGCUGCCGCUGUUCGCGGACCGGUCGCCCCCGCAGUCGCGCGAGGAGAUGGACGGCGGCUUCAAGUCGCCCAAUGGCACGGGAGGUGACCACGCGCUGUUCAACGGAUUCGGGGUGCAUGGCGCCGGCGCCGCCGUGCAGCCGCCGUUUGGCCAGGGAGGAUCAAUGUCGGGGCAGAGCUUCGGAGGAGGGCCGGCGGCGAGCGGAGGCACGACGGCGCCCGCCUCCUCCGGCGGCGGCGGCGGCGCGGCCCCGCCGCGGCAGACGCGCGUGCGGGCGAGGCGAGGGCAAGCCACCGACCCGCACAGCAUCGCCGAACGUCUCCGGCGGGAGAGGAUUGCGGAGCGGAUGAAGUCGCUGCAGGAGCUGGUCCCCAACGCCAACAAGACUGACAAGGCGUCGAUGCUGGACGAGAUCAUCGACUACGUCAAGUUCCUGCAGCUCCAAGUCAAGGUUCUGAGCAUGAGCCGGCUGGGCGGGGCCGCCGGCAUGGCGCCGCUGGUGGCCAGCAUGUCCUCCGAGGCGAAGAGCAGCGCGAAGAGCAGCAACGGCGGCGGGAACAGCGCGGCGGCCGCGGCCGCCAAGGCGAACGGCGGAGGCGAGAGCGGCGGUGGAGCAGGGGCCGGCGGGCUACGGGUGACGGAGCAUCAGGUGGCCAAGAUGAUGGAGGAGGACAUGGGCACGGCCAUGCAGUACCUGCAGGGGAAGGGUCUCUGCCUCAUGCCCAUCUCCCUCGCCUCCGCCAUCUCCUCCGCCACCACCACCACCACCUCCCCGGCCUCGCUCCUCGCCAGGCAGGCCGUCCGCCCCGGCGCCGCCGCCGCCGCGCUGACCUCCGCGAACGGCGGCGGCGACGACGCCCCCGUCCGGCCCGUCAAGGUCGACGCCGGCGCCGCGUCCGGCGGGAAGCCGUGAAGCUGACCGGCCGGAACAAGGGUGCAUCCGUGCAUGCAUUAUCUAUGUUAUUAGGAUAUAAUCACAUGUAUCGCUCCUGUAUACUCCUUCCCUUCCAAUUUUCUUCCUCUGAAGAUCAGACUCACCAUGCACACGUACGUGCAUGUGCAUGAUCGAGCGAGCUCCCAUGAGAAGGCUUAUCUCGCUCCCUCCAUGAAUUUGCAUGAAGAUCUUCUCUGAGUGGCUUCUGGUGUUCAUGCGCUGCCACCUUUCGUGCAUUUCAACGUUGACAAACACACAGCAGUAUUAAUCUCACAAGGUCAGCCGUUGACUCUGCUGCCUCGGCAUAUGCCUAAAAAAGAU